UUAGGUUCAUAUUCCAGGCAGCGGGAAGGAUGAAGGGGAGAAAGGCAAAGGGACUGGCUCCUUUAAGAGAUUUCCUGUAGGUCCCACCCAACAUUCCUUGGUGAGAUGGAGAUUAUUUGCUGAGAACAUAAUCACCCAGCUGGAGCAGAGGCUGGAAAAUGCCGUCUUUCAGCUGGCGUGUUUCCACAUCCAAUAAUUGGGGCCUGUUGACAAGGGGAGAGGGUGAUGGGCGUGCAGAAGGGUUUGCGAGAAGAAAGAAGACUUCCCUGUGGUUUGUGGGGUCUCUGCUGGUGGUGUCCACCUCCAUCCUGACCGUCGGCCUCGCCGCCACCACCAGGACGGAGAACGUGACCAUGGGCGGCUACUACCCCGGGAUCAUUCUGGGCUUCGGAUCUUUCUUAGGAAUUAUUGGCAUCAACCUGGUGGAGAAUAGAAAGCAAAUGCUGGUGGCGGCCAUCGUGUUCGUCAGCUUCGGCGUGGUGGCCGCCUUCUGCUGCGCCAUCGUGGACGGCGUGUUCGCCGCGCGGCACAUCCGGUGGGGAAGCCGAGGGAGGACAAGCCACGUCAGACACUCGUGCUUUGGAACCGUGGGGCGGUGGCCGGGACCUGCUCAGAGGGAAGGGCCGGGCCCUGCUGCUCCGUCCACCAACAGGAGCCCUGACCUGGCGCCCCAUCCGGGCCGGGAAGGACCCGCCGGCAUUUCUCUGUGGCCCCAACGGGUCCUGUGUGAGGAGCCCAGGCCCCUCACCGCAGGAAGGUGCCAGUUUUACUCCAGUGGGGUCGGCUACCUGCACGACGUCUACCAGACAGAGGUCACCUGCCACUCCCUGAACGGUAGGUGCCAGCUGAAGGUGAAGAGUAACACCUGCUACUGCUGCGACCUCUACGACUGCCAGAGCGCCGAGCACCCGCCCACCUACUACGAGUUCGUGGGCGUCCGCGGCUGCCAGGACGUGCUCCACCUGUACCGGCUGCUCUGGGCCUCGGCGGCGCUGAACGUCCUAGGCCUGUUCCUGGGCAUCGUCACCGCGGCCGUCCUGGGGGCCUUCAAGGACAUGGUCCCGCUGUCCCAGCUGGCCUACGGCCCGUCCUCAGCGCCUCAGGUCCUCUACAACCCCGCCCAGCAGAUCCUGGCCUACACGGGCUUCUGCCCCGUGCCCCCGGCUGUCCCCACCUGCUCGUCGUACCCGCUGCCCCUCCAGCCCCCUGGCGGCUUCCCGGCCUCACCUGGCUCCGACCUCUCUCUGUCCGAGUGUGUGCAGCCUCCGUCCCAGCCCGGCUCCAGCUGCCGGCCGCCCCCCAACGCCCCCCCCAUCUUCGCCCUCACCCACUUCCUCCCCGGGGAGAAGCCUCCGCCCUACGCGCCGUGAUGCAGAGGGUGGAGAUAGAAAACUAGUUUUUGGCUUGUUAGAAAACAGAGCAGCUUCUACGAACCCUGCUUCUGCGGCCAACCUCCUGGAGACGUCCGAGCCCUCCUCCCCUCCCUGGGCACAUCCGGGCAAGGAGAGGCCGGACCGCGGCGGGGAGCGCUGGUGGCCGAGGCCACCUCACCCCGUGUGAGACCACACACCAAGCCAUGCUAAAACUCCCGCCGGAGCAGCCUCGCUCUGCUGGCAUCACUUACAAAACAGUUCCAUUUUCCUCCUAAUUCGUUAUCACUAUCAUGAUCAAGGGGAAUGUGGCAGGUGCCCCCGUGUGAGGACCACUCUCGAGGAAAUGUGCUGUGUUUGUACUCGAGUGAAAACUUGUCCCAGCUCAAAUAUAAAUGCUGUUUCCAAGGCCUGCGA